AUGGAAACCAAAUCGAAUUCCAAAUGGGUUUUGUUGUUCUUGAUUAUAACUCAACUGGGUUGUCAACUAAUCGAUUGCAGUGUCACUUAUGAUAGCAAAGCCAUUGUUAUCAAUGGUGAAAGAAGAAUCCUCAUUUCUGGUUCUAUACAUUAUCCAAGAAGCACACCUGAGAUGUGGGAAGAUCUUAUAAUGAAGGCUAAAGAUGGAGGACUUGAUGUGAUUGAUACUUAUGUCUUUUGGAAUGUUCAUGAACCUUCUCCUGGCAAUUAUAAUUUUGAAGGGAGAUACGAUUUGGUGAGGUUUUUGAAGACCGUACAAAAAGCAGGGAUGUAUGUUCAUCUUCGAAUUGGACCUUAUGUUUGUGCAGAAUGGAAUUUUGGAGGAUUCCCAGUUUGGCUGAAGUAUGUUCCUGGAAUUAGUUUCAGAACAGAUAAUGAGCCAUUUAAGAUGGCAAUGAAAGGGUUCACCGAGAAAAUUGUGAAUUUGAUGAAGAGCGAAAAGAUGUUCGAAUCUCAAGGAGGCCCGAUUAUUCUUUCUCAGGUUGAGAAUGAGUAUGGAUCAGUAGGGAAGGCAUAUGGAGGUGCUGGCCAUACUUACAUGACUUGGGCUGCAAAUAUGGCCAUUGGAUUGGGUACGGGUGUCCCGUGGGUCAUGUGCAAGCAAGAUGAUGCUCCUGAUCCUAUUAUAAACACGUGCAAUGGUUUUUACUGUGAUGACUUUUCGCCGAACAAGCCUUACAAACCCGCACUCUGGACCGAGGCUUGGAGUGGAUGGUUUUCGGAAUUUGGCGGUCCAGCUCAUCAGAGGCCGGUUCAAGAUUUGGCAUUUGGUGUUGCUCGAUUCAUACAAAAGGGUGGAUCAUUCAUAAACUACUACAUGUACCAUGGAGGCACAAACUUUGGUCGUUCCGCUGGAGGCCCGUUCAUCACUACUAGUUACGACUAUGAUGCUCCACUUGAUGAAUAUGGCUUGAUCAGGCAACCGAAAUAUGGCCAUUUGAAGGAGCUUCACAAGGUCAUUAAGCAAUGUGAGCCUGCUUUAGUUUCAGCAGAUCCCAUUAUCACCUCUUUGGGAAGCCUUCAACAGGCGCAUGUAUUCUCUCCCAGAUCACAAAACUGCGCAGCCUUUCUCUCAAACUACGACCCGAAUAAUGCUGCAAAAGUGACGUUUAAUAACAAGCACUACACUUUACCUCCUUGGUCGAUCAGCAUCCUUCCUGACUGCAAAAGCGUUGGUUUCAACACAGCAGAAGUUGGAGUUCAAUCCAGACAAAUGGAAAUGUUACUGAGCGAUUCCAAAAUGUUUUCUUGGGAGACAUAUACCGAAGAUGUAACCAAAGCUGAUGAGAGCUCUGUAUUCACUACAACGGGUCUAUUGGAGCAAAUUAAUGUCACAAGAGAUGCUAGUGAUUAUCUUUGGUAUACAACUAGUGUUGAUGUUGGUUCAUCUGAACAUUUCUUGCAUGGAGGGGAGCUCCCAAAGCUUUUGGUGCAGUCAUCCGGUCAUGCUCUUCAUGUGUUCGUAAAUGGAGAACACUUAGGUUCUGGUUUUGGAACUAGAAAACAUAGGAAAGUUACGUACAAAAAAGAGAUCAAUCUACGUGCCGGAAGCAACAAGAUCGCAUUACUUAGCGUGGCCAUGGGAUUGCCGAACAUCGGAGGACAUUAUGAAACAUGGGAGACUGGAGUCUUAGGUCCGGUGGCUUUGUAUGGUCUUGACCAAGGGAAACGGGACUUGUCAUGGGCUAACUGGACUUACCAGGUUGGUCUGAAGGGAGAGGCCAUGAAUGUUAUCUCGUCAAAUCCUAUGUCUUCUAUCAAUUGGAAUCAAGAUUCUUUGAUUGCCCAGAAACAUCAACCAUUAACAUGGUACAAGGCUUACUUCAAUGCACCUGAUGGUGAUGAGCCAUUGGCUCUAGACAUGAAUACUAUGGGAAAAGGUCAAGCAUGGAUCAAUGGGCAAAGCAUUGGCAGAUAUUGGACAACUUAUGCUACAGGUGAUUGCCAAGGGUGCCAUUACGCUGGAACCUAUCGCCCAUUGACGUGCCAGCUUGGGUGUGGUCAACCAACGCAGAGAUGGUACCAUGUGCCAAGAUCUUGGUUAAAACCGACAAAUAACUUGUUGGUGCUUUUUGAAGAACUUGGCGGUGACCCUAUUAAAGUUUCACUAGUUAAGAGAUCAACUAACUAACACCAAAUGUGAUAAAGAGGAUUUAGCCUAGUUCCUUUAAGGGAUUCCAAAUUGUGAGCUUCGUGAUGGAAACUAGUCCUUUCGCUCUUGUGGAAUCUGGAACGAGGUGUUGGGUUUGAUCACCAAAUGGGUGAUGGGAAUGGUGUGAUUUCUGUAAGUUGUUUAUGUUAUAAUGGGGGAAAAAUGAACCCCCAGAUUAGGUUCUUGUUUAGGUAGAUCAUAUAGUGGAUAACAUUGUUCAAUUGAGUCCCAGUUGUACUUAUGCUUUUAUCUUGGUCAAUUUUAUUUUUUCCAUCUCUUUCAUCA